GAUACUCCAGUCCGUCGCGGGGUCGCGAGGGGAUUGGUUCUCGUUCGGAAUCGAGCGCCUGAAUCAAAAUCGGUGACGUACACCUGUUUCGAAUAAAUAAUAAUACCUACGUACGGAGCGCACAUGCAUGUCAAUAAGGACGAAAUAUAUUGAGAAAGAACGCUAACCGUCAGCAACGGUGGAAAUUAAAAUAUAUAUUUUAUUUUUGCUUUGUUGGUUUUUCCUUUCCCUUCCUCCCCUUCCCGACACCGCCGAAUUUUAAUGAGUAAUUUUUAAGUUUUGAGAGAGAAAAUUUUUCGAACAAAAAAUUCACUCGGAAUUUUUGUCUUCUCUCGAUCACCACCGUCAGACACCGACACGCAGUGUUGUGCCUUUGAUCGUCACUUUUGACCUCCUCGUUCACUCCAGAUUCGUCGAAUUAUCAUCGGAGGUUCGAGAGAUAUUAGAUGAAAAAUUGAAAACUAAUAUCGUGGCAAAAAUGACUUCCGACGUGUCCGAGUAUUCACGGCGUUAUUGGUCGUUCAUUAGCGACGAAAGACAAUCGAAUAUCCAAGCGAUUGAUUGAUUGAUCGAUCGAUGAUUGAUUGAUGAAUGCAUCGAACCACCGAUAAAGUAUUAUCGCUGUUCAAAUUAUAGUAACAUUCGGUGCGGUUGUGUCACAGUGUGAUUCAUCGAGUGUCUUCCAAAUAUAAGUAAAAAAAAAAAAAUAAUAAUAACAACAAAAAUUUAUAAUCAUCGAGUGUCUAGCGAGUGUCUCACAGUCGAUGCACCAAGCAAGAAGUCCGAGCAAUUACCAGAACUCAUUAAUUUCUACGAGCUGACUUAUCCAUCAUCGGGAUUUAUCCUCGUUGAAGGUCGGUGCGCGGGAGAUGAAGGGCGGCGAAUUGAGGUGAGCGUCGGGUGGUGGUCGUUGCUGCAGAGAUGAGGGGAUUUCCCCUCAGGAUAUCCUCGGGGAGGGCGUCACCUGCCGCGAUCCUCCUGUUCCUGGCCCUCCUGGCGAGCCUCGGUUGUUUGGCUCGCGGCGUAGACCUUUCGCAAUGCAUCGCCCCACUGGGUAUGGAAUCCGGGGCGAUAAAAGACGCGGAUAUCGUCGCAAGCUCAAGUUUCGACAGCGCUAAUGUUGGACCGCAUCAAGCCAGGAUACGCACCGAGAAUCACGGCGGCGCCUGGUGUCCCAAGGAACAAAUAACAACGGAACCGAAAGAGUGGUUGGAAAUCGAUUUGCAUACCGUUCACAUGAUCACCGCAACCGGAACGCAAGGACGAUUCGGCAAUGGAGCCGGUGUUGAAUUCGCGGAAGCGUAUCUACUCGAAUAUUGGCGUCCUAAAUUGGGAAAGUGGAUUCGAUACAGAGACGUCAAGGGCGAAGAGGUCAUCAUAGGCAACACCAACACGUACCUGGAGUCCAAGUACGAACUUUCGCCCCCUUUGCUAGCGAGCAAGGUCAGAUUUUUGCCCUACAGUUAUCACAGGAGAACGGUGUGCAUGAGGGUCGAACUCUACGGAUGCUAUUGGUCGGACGGCGUGGUAUCGUAUUCGAUGCCUCAGGGCGACAAGCGGGGUAAUGGAUGGGAGUUUUUCGACGCUACGUACGACGGUCAUUGGGACGGAGACCUCAGACGGGGUCUGGGACAGUUGACGGACGGUCGUACGGGUCCCGACAACUUUAAGAUGGGAUUCUACGACUUCGACAGAAGCCAGGGUUGGGUCGGAUGGCGGAACGACACCAGAUCCGGGCACCCUCUCGAAAUAAAGUUCGAGUUUGACCAGGUGCGGGAAUUCUCCGCCGUUCAUAUAUACAGCAACAACCAGUUCACCCGAGACGUACAGGUCUUCUCACAGGUCGACAUCCUCUUCAGCGUUGGUGGUAAAUAUUACACCGGUGAGCCGAUAACUUACACGUACAUGGAGGACAAGAUAUUCGAAACAUCGAGGAAUAUAACCAUAAAACUUCAUCAUAGAGUUGGGAAAUUCGUUAAACUCAGACUACACUUUUCCGCAAGGUGGAUCAUGCUCAGCGAGAUCACCUUUGAUUCUGAUGUCGCCCACGGAAAUUUCACCGCCGAAGAUCCUCCGUCCACCGAAUCACCGGCGCUUGGCGACGUUUUCAUCGAAAAAAAUGGGGCCACCGCGGAAGGAGGUGAACUUCCGGUUUCAACGGCUAAACACGACGACCCGACUUACAUGGCAGUUGUCAUAGGAGUCCUCACGGCCGUCAUUCUACUCCUGGCAGUGGCGAUAUUCCUGAUAGUUUCACGUCACAGGCAACGGAAAUGUUUCGCCAGUCCGAUGACCGGAAAAGCACCGUCACAUUUGGGAUCGACCUGCGCAACGGUGGAAAAAGGGGCCGCCCUCAUGGCCUACACUCUGGAGGACGACGAGAGGUACGCCGGAGGCUCGUUACCAACGCUGCCCCGUGACCUGGGCAACAGACUUUUGGAUAUCGUGAAACUCGACGAUUACCAGGAACCGUAUCAAGCGCUGAAAUACGCUCCGUACUACAGCUACAGUACCGUUGUGAUGGAGAUGAAAGACAUGAUGCUCAACAACAAGGGAGCCGGUAGCAUCAAUCAGUCAGUAUACGCUAACGGCGCCGUCGACACAUCCUACGAUUACGCUGUUCCUGAACUCGGUAACGUACCCUUGUUGAAUUCGGACGGGGUGCCGAGGGUCCUUUCGAGCGGUGCCAGCGACCAGGAGAGCCUAUUCUCCAAAGGAUCGUCGAGAGCUAGUAAAACCGAAGACAAAAAAUCACCGACGCAACAGGAGGUUCUCUCAGCCCUAAAGCGCCGCUUGGAGCAGACCAGCGUGCCCCUCUUCCCACGGCACAGACUACGCAUGCUUUCAAAACUCGCCGAAGGCGCCUUCGGAACGGUGUACGUGGCUGAGGCUGAGGGCAUACCGGAAUACGGAACUACGGCAACCCUUGGGAAGAGACUCGUCGCAGUAAAGUUCCUCCUACCGGAUGCAAACGAAAAAGAAAAAUUAGACUUUCAACGUGACGUCAGAAUCUUAGCCGCUCUGGAGGAUCGCAACAUUGCGAGAGUAUUGGGGGCUUGCUGUAGAGAAGAACCCUUCUGCGUGGUAAUGGAAUACCUGGAUCACGGUGAUCUCUGUCAAUUUCUCAAGACCCACAUUACCGCUGAGGACGCUCAUUCCAUGCCCAUUGGUGUCAAGACACUCAGUUUCAACUGUCUAAUUUACAUGGCGGCACAGAUAGCGUCCGGAAUGCGUUACUUGGAGAACCUGAACUUCGUUCAUCGUGAUCUUGCGACAAGGAAUUGUCUGGUCGGCAAGGCUUACCACAUAAAAAUUUCCGAUUUCGGAACGGACAACGAGUUAUAUUCGUCGGACUAUUACAAGGUAGACGGGAAUAUGCCACUUCCUGUUCGUUGGAUGGCUUGGGAAUCGAUAUUUCAGGGUAAAUAUACGACUAAAAGUGAUGUAUGGGCGUUCGCGGUUACAUUAUGGGAAAUUUUAAACCUCGGUAGACGCGUACCUUACGAACAUUUGUCGGAUAAAGAAGUAGUAGCGAGUUUAGGACGACUUCAGCGCAACACUUCUGGAUCGGAUUUAAUCGAACGAGAAGAUUUGAACGACGAAGAAGUUUCGGCAGAAUUUGUUUAUCUGCAACGACCGACAGCCUCGUCGAAGGAUAUCUACGACCUGAUGCUAGAGUGCUGGAGGAGGGAUGAAAAUGAAAGACCAACUUUUCGUGAAAUUUCGUUAUUCCUUCAACGUAAAAAUCUUGGAUACGCACCAACGUCUUGAUACUAAUCAUCCGAUGUUAUUACACAUAUAUAUUUAUACAUACCUACCUAUAUACUGUACACUGUAUAACUAUAAUUUCAUAGUUGGAUAGACUACAUUUACCACUAUGGUUGUGGUGACGGUAGUAAUGGUGCUGCAGGUGCAGGUUAUAAUAUUACGAAGGGAUCGUCGAAAGGUCGUCGGUUCAAAUUCGAUCGUAUAACGUGAGUUCGUUCGGGUUAUAAGAGAUUCCUAGUGUAUAUCCAUCGCCGGUAUAUAUACUACAAGGUAAAGCAACCUACUCGUAGUUAAGUGGCGGUAAUAACAAUGAUCAAAGUUUAUCAUCCCUUGGAUGAGCGAAUCCUGAGUUAGUUGUUAGCUAUGUGUAAUAUAUACUGUAUAAGUGGUGUAUGUACGUACGUACGUAGUACUACCAACUCCGGUGUCGGUGGAUCGCGCAACAUUCUCUGUAUAGAAAUUAGUCAGCGAAUCGACCUCGUACAUCGGCAUGAUGUCUAAUUGGAACGUUAUAAAAUAAUAACAUCGACUCAAGAUGUACAAUACCUAUAGAGUAUAAGGGCGUACAAGACCUUGUCCGAUUUUGAUCAUUAUCCAAAUCAAACGGAUACUCCUCUAUCAUAUACCCGGUGAAAGCCCCGCGCCAAGCGAAUCAAUAAAGUCGCACGAGUUCGGCAAGAGAAAACGACGAUUAAAGCCUGACUGACGAAAAAUCUGAACGGAUCGGUCGUCGACUCGGCAGCGAUUUUAUUUGAAAAAAAAAAAAAAAAGAAAAAAAAAAAGACCCAUUCAACCAGCAAAGUAAUGCAUGAAAUGUGAACUCAUACAACUGUAAGAAAAAAAAAUCAACUUACUUGUUAUACGCGUAGAAUCAUUUUUUUCAAAAUUAUUGUAACUGAAAUUUCUUAUAGCCUUACCUUAUACCUUGAUUUACCACGAUAUGUAUGUAUACAUAUAUACUUUUAGAUAAGACUGGUUGUUAUAGUCAUGUAUAAUUUAGUGACUGUUGCUAGUUUAGAUUCAACGUAAGUUAAACGUUCGUCUAAAGUCAGCGGUUAUUAUAAUACCUAUACAUAUAAUAAGUUGUAAUAAGUCCCCUUAACUCGUAACUCGUAACUCUGUAAGAUGUGAGUCUUGAGUCGUAACAGACAACCUCUGUAGUAGUUUGAAAUAGCGCGAUACUUUACGACUCCGAUGUUAUGCCUUUCACCCCUUUUAACGACUAAAACACACCCACCCCUAUGGCUGCCAUGAUAAUUCAGGCGUCAAAUUUACUGAAGACGAAAUAUGAUCUUGAGAUACUUUACGAUCGAUCGAUUGACGAACCAACCAACGAACGAACGAAUUAAUGAAUAAAUGAUAGGUACGAGAAUUUUAUAGAAACGAAAAAGAAUAAAAUAAAAUACCCGUUAAAAGAAUAACAACGAAUUAAUUACCGGCGUGCGUCUCCUAUUAUAGAUAAAUAUAAAGAGAAUAAAAAUGAUGAAAUAAAACUACAUACCACGUGAGGUAUGCGUAUUCAUUAGAUUAGAUACAUAAUGAAUAUAAUAUUAUUGCAUUGAUUCGGUAAUUCGAUUAUUGAUUUAAAAAAAACAAAGAACAAUUGCGUAGACACUAUUAACGUAGAGAAAUAUCUCGAGAUAUGAUUGAUAUAUAUAUGCGGCCUAUCCAUUACACUUCGAAUAUUACAUACCUAGACAUAAUUGAUACGUAGUGUAUUAAACAUGAACAACUAAUUAUAAAUAUAUAAAUAAUUUGAAAAGAAAAAAAAAAAAAAUACCUAUAUAAAUCAAAUAAUAGCAUAUAUACAUUAUAUACAUGCAUGUAUAUAUAUAUAUCACAUAUUAUAUAAAUAUAGAUACGCUGCGUACCAUGGCUAUGACACAUCAUAAUUGUAAUUUUAAAUAAAAUAGGCGGGAUCAAUGAAAAUUAAUAUAUUUAUUGUAAAUAUAGAAUAAAAGAGAACAAAAAGGGAAGAAAAGGAAGGAAAUAUGAAACAAAAAAAAAAAAGAAUUCUCAAUUACAUGUUUAAUUAGUGAGUGAGGUGCGUUUGGAUAUUCCUGAGGAUGAAAGCGAAGCAGAUGUAAGCAACAAAAAAUAACUAAUAUGUUUGGAACACAUUUGAUUACGGUACGAUAAAGCUGUUUAAAUAGGUCCCCCGAGUGAAAUGGAGUCUCAAUCUAAAGAACAAAAGUAAAUGAAUGAACAGAAAAUAGCAAAAAUCACUCGAUCGAUUCUGAUUCACCUUCGAUACUAAUGUUGUGUCAUUAAACUCUCAUCAUUAUCGUCAACCUUAUCGUUAUUGCACUGUUGGCAUUACGAUAUUAAAUUUCGCGGUAUGAUUUUCGCUGUCCUUAUUUAUUGCAAUAAUUUUGAUGAUAGUGAUAUUAAUGAUAUCAAUCAUAGUAAUAAUAAUAAUAAUAACACUCACGAUGAUGUGAUUAACCCCUGAUCUCGAGUCAUCGUUGUUUUUGUCAUACACUGUAGAGAAAAUUUCGCUAUCAUAUAUAAAACUGGUAUAGUCAGUUACACCGAAGAUACGAAUAAACCUGAAAUGAAAAUAAACCGAGGAGUAAAAAAAUAAGGAAAAGGUAUUGGUGGGAAUUGAAAAGUUGAGUGUGAUUUGACGAGUUUCCAAUAAUCGUUUUGCACCGGGAUAUAUUGCGAUUCAUGUGUAUAAUUCUAGUUGAAAUAUGUAUAUGCGAAUCAUAUCACAUGUAUGGAAUUAUAAUAAAUUGACUAUAAUUUAGAGGGGAGAAAAAAAAACAAGUAUUGACAUAUCGUAGAAUUGAUUUUAUAUAAAUUUAAAAACGUGAAUAGAAAAACGGAAAAACGAAAAAAAAAAACCAUCAGCAGUAGGAGGAAUGCAAUAUGUGCGCGGAAUUCUAUACAAAGCUAUGUAUCGUUUAUUGAACGCUGAAUAUCGAAUUGCACUUACAAAUAAUUAGAUACUUUACAUAGACGUGGUAUCGGCUUUUACAAAUGCUAUCCGCGUAUAAUCAGUUUCCGAAUCGAGUUUUCAAAUUGUAUUCAAUAUCCACAAUGUGUAAUUUUGUUACUCCAAUUGUAUCGAUAGUUCUGUAUAAAAAUCAGUCGUGUGCAAAGUCCAACGUUAAUAAUAGUGAUGUUGAAUAAAUGAGUCUUAACACUAGAUGUAAUUUAUAAAAAAAAAAAAACGAAAAAAAAAACAAUCGACAAUCUCAAAGAUUGAAAAUGAGGAAAAAAAAGAAAAAGAAAAUAUUGGUACCGAUUUGAAAGAAGUUAUACAUCGCGAUAUUCUUAUAAACAAUUAAUACACUUGUAGUAUAACACCGAAUCGGUUAAGACAACGAAAGAAAUUAGGGGAGAAGAUUUAAAACUCGUCUGUUAUCAUUUUUUUUUUUCUAUCUUCGUAAUUCCCAAUGUCGAAAAAAGUCAUUAAUGUUGAAGUGAAAUACCUGCGCGAUAUUUUCAAUAUAAUAGCAUAGAUGAUAAUAGAUGGAAUGAAUUGACAGAAAUUGUUCAGGUGUUUCGGACGUUUUAGUAUCACCUGAAGAAAUUAAAAAGGUAGCUGAAUAGAAAGAAAAAAAUUGAGAAAGAAUUGAGGUCAACGUGAAAUACAUAUAACUAUGUAUAACGAUGUAAUUUAAGAAUAAAUUUAAGUCGUUGCAAAUUACGAGUAGAUAUUGUUGGGUCGAUUUAGACAAAUGUGUACUUCUAAGCAUAGGGUAGAAAUCGACGUCAAGUUAUUAUAUACAUAAAUAUAUAGUUAGCAUAUAAGUAUAACGCUGCCUUUGGCUGUAUUGCUGCCCCUCUUUACUGCUAGCAAGUACCUAUCUGUGCCAUCCUCACUCUCAACCUCGUCCUCAAUUCAACCUUGACAUACAACUCGACCUUCGACCUCCAAAUGCCAGCCCCUAUUCCUCCAGUUCUGUCUCUCUAGUAUCUCCCAUGUCGUUUACGAGUCGUAUACAUUUGAAUGAUUCAAUAUUAUUUUUUUAUAUUCAGUUUGAAUAUCUUCGAUGUUAAUGUGAACAUCCUAUACUGCCACUUUUUGAUCUCAUCCAACUGAAUUGACCUUCAAUCGCCAAACGUCGAAAUUAUUUCUACAUGAAUGGGAAAUUAUUAGAAAGCCAAGUUAUACCUAUACACACUCCACGUGCACGACGAUAGCACAGCUCGUGACGUCGAACGGUGAGCUCUCCUAGCUCUAUUUUAUUUUUUAUAUUCUUUCUUAAUUUUCUAUUGAACCUCCGUUGUUAUAAAUACUAUUAUCACAAUUUGACCGUAAGUGUGAAUUAUAAUUAUUGAUUGACAAUCAUAAGCAUGAGCUUUGAGACUGAGUAAUUUAUUAUCAUUUGAACUUUUUUUCAACUUAUUUGAUGCUUCGUAGUACCAAAAAUAUAAUGACAAAGAAAUUCAACUUCAUCGUCGAGUUAAUGAUGGACAAUCUGAUAUCGCUGAAAUGAUCAGGUCAUAGAUAAAAAAAGCCAUGAAUCCUCCAUUUCUUGGUUUAAUUUUUCGUCAUACAUCCAUUUUACUUUUCACAUUAUUAAUCAACAAAGGAGUUAACGACAAUGGAAUUGAAAAAUGUUACUAAUUUUUAAAAGACUUUGAAGAGCUCACCAGGCUACCUUCUACGCUAUAUGAUUACCUAUAAUAUUAUCUUUAUAAUCAUAAAAUUAUUUUAUACUAAUAAAUACUGUUUAUAAUUUUGUAUCUCAACUCUGUAAAUAUCAAUUACAUUAUAUACAUAUAAUAUAUACAUAUACAUAGAUAGAAAUAGACCACACACGCUAUCUAGGAACCAUUACAAUCAUUAUCAUUAUCGUGAUUACUAUGGAUAUUGUUUCUAUCAAUGCGAGGAUUUUUCAAAUAUAGUUUUACUUACGGUAAUAUUAAUUAUUGUUAAUCGAUAAGGUGGUAACGAGAUAUAAUUCUAUCUAUAGUACUAUGAAAUGGUAAUUAUAUAAAAAUGUACAACGACUUAGGAACUACCGGUGUGUUAUUGAAUAUUAGUUUUCGGAUCAUCAUCAUUACCAUUAUUGGUAUUAUUUUCAGCAUUAAGAUUAUCACAUACAUUACAUUACUAAAAAAGUAAGAAACACUGAGGAAAUAAAUUUUUUUCAAUAAUAUGGUACACGAUAACGGAAACUAUAUAGUAAUGAAAACGAAGAAUGAAACAAAUAAUCCACAAAAAAAUAUAUAGCGCAUACGUGUUAUUUGGUAGAUGUAUAUAUGAAACCAGAUUAUGUAGUUUGUAUAUCCAGCAACAGUAAUUUAACUUAUUAGAUAAAUUAAGUUAUGAUGAAAAUGAUAUAAAUAUAUAUAUGUAUAUGAAUAUGAAUAUGAAUAUUAUCAUAAUCGUAAAUGAAGAAUAAUUCCCAUCGAUAUGCGAAGAGACAUAUCGAUUAGUGAAACGUACCUCUGUAUCAAUUUAUUGCAAUACAUACUUAUAAAUAAAACGCCGAAGUUGCUUGCAUAAUUAACGUCGUUUAGAUAAGGGAUUCCGAGAUUUUAUUUGAAAAUUUAUUUUAGAAACAACGAAAUUAUAUUUUAUUUUUACGGCGUUGAAAUGGAAGGAAGUCUUUUUCGCCGGUGAUGGAUUUGAAUGUUAUCCGUAUACUGAUUGCGAUAGAGAGAAAGUUACAUUCCCUUUUAUUGGAGAUAUGAAGAGAAGGAGGGAAUAAACCAAAUGAAAAUGGAUAAAAGCACAUAGAGAAUAUUCAUAUCACUAUGCGACGAAUUGUACCGCAAUGCCAGGUUUGAAAACUAAUGAAAUAAUAUCGUGUGAAACUUUUACCUUAACUAUUAUGCUGAAUAUUUCGAUAAUUGAUGAUACUAUGAUAUUAUGUACUGAAUUGUAAUUGCAAUAACUAAAGAAAAGUAAUAAAAAGGAAAAGUUCGAAUUUUGUGAAGAAAA